GAGAAUCCGCCGCAGGGGCUCAGCGCGAGCGGGUGGGAAGUAACUUUGUUCUCAACUUGUGUGAUCGGAGAUCGGAGAGCGGCUGGGGAGGGAGAGGCCGCGCCUGAUAUCGGGGCUCUGGGAGCACCCCAGGAUUGCCGAGGGUGGGGUGCGGGCUGUAUGGUGCCCCCUGCUGGAUUAUAGUGUGGACGGGAGCGCAGCCUGCGGGAGGAGCAAGCGACAGGAGCCAAAGGGUCUUGUAAUGGGACUUUAUGCAGACGUUUGAGAUGCUAAGCAGAAGCAGCACAUGUCAAAGUGAACAUCCGCACAAUGUUAUAGCAGGUUUAUUUCCACAAAAGCUUGGGAUUAAUAUUGCAGUGUGGCACAGACUAUCUUCAGCUGAAUGCUAAGAUUUGCAAAAAGAAGCAAACAGAAAAUGUUGUCUCCAAUUCUCCAUGAAUUAGUGUCAUGUGAUUAGACCUUCUUAUUUUUUAUUAUUAUUUUUUUUAUUAUAAAUAUCUAUUCAUAAAUUGGCAGAUCUCAUGAAACCAGUGUGUUCUCUGGAGUAUUCUCUUCAGGAGAACAUUGUCCUUUCUAAGAAUAAAGAUGGACACAUUUUACUCUGGAAUUUUCUAAAGUUCAGCCCUUUUUCAGAUCAUGACCAGUUUGAAAAGGUCCCAGACUGAAAGGUCCGUUGCAAGUGGGACUCAAUCAUCUGUACCAGAUGGACCGCCAAAGGCUCGUUCUGAUGAUUUUUAUAUGAGACGUUUUAGGUCACAGAAUGGUAGUUUAGGUUCUUCUGCCAUGUCUCCCGUAGGACCACCACGCAGUGAGAGCUCCCACCACAUUUCCUCUACACCGGGUGUUCCCAAAAUGGGUGUUAGAGCACGUAUUGCAGAUUGGCCACCUAGAAAAGAUAAUGUGAAGGAAAUAAAUAGAACAAGUCAGGAUAUUGAAACAAGCAGUAUAGAAACCAUGUCUGUUAAGAGUAGUCCUAGCAGUCAAGUAAGUACGUCUAGUAUGAAUUCUAGUGAUUCUGUCAUGCUAAAAAGUAUUCAGAACACACUUAAGAAUAAAACAAGACAGGCAGAAAGUUUAGAUUCAAGGUUUCUGUCUCCCGAAGGUUACUCUAGCGGUAGCUCCCCUAGGAAAGUCCACCGCAGGAUAAGGCAAAGGAGUAACAGUGAUAUCACCAUCAGUGAGUUUGAUAUGGAUAAUUUUGAAGAGUGUAUGUCACCGACUUUUAAGAUGGGUCCAUCACUCCACAGAGAAUAUGGUAGCACUUCCUCGAUAGACAAACAGGGAACAUCAAGCGAUAGUUUCUUUGAUAUAAUAAAGGGAUAUAAGAAUGAGAGAGCUGAUCAUCGUGGACAUGGACCAUCAAAGCUGAGUGAACUAUUACUGAGCAGUGGCAGCAGGGGCUCUGGAUUCUCCUUGGAUGUUAUAGAUGGUCAGAGAGAUGGGCAUAGGGCCUUCAAAGAUAGGGACAAGCCACUAAAGAGACGCUCCAAAUCAGAGACUGGAGAUUCUUCCAUUUUCCGUAAACUUCGAAAUGCAAAGGCUGAAGGAGAACUGGGAAAAUCUGGAGACAUUGAGGACAGUCGUUCUGACGACAGUAUUAAGCCAUGGACAUGCCCUAAAUGUUUUGCUCAUUACGAUGUGCAGAGCGUCCUGUUUGAUUUGAGUGAAGUUGUGAUCAACCGGCAUAAUGUUAUCAAGCGCCGAAACACCACCACAGGCGCUUCAGCCGCAGCAGCCGCUUCUCUAGCUGCCGGACCAUUAUCACACUCCUCCAGCUUCAAUUCUCCAACUGGUAGCACCGAAGACUUAAAUUCAAAAGAGAAUAUGAAUGUUGACCAAGGAGACGACAAGAGCAACGAUUUAGUCAUGAGCUGCCCGUACUUUCGUAAUGAAAUGGGGGGUGAAGGGGAAAAGAAAGUCAGCUUGUCUAAAUCGAACUCUGGUUCUUUUUCCGGCUGUGAAAAUUCAUCUUUUGAGUCUACAAUGAGUUCACACUGUACAAAUGCAGGACUGGCUGUCCUUGAGGUCCCCAAGGAGAAUUUGGUUUUGCAUAUUGACAGAGCCAAAAGAUAUAUUGUUGAACAUGUAGAUCUUGGUGCGUACUAUUAUCGGAAAUAUUUCUUUCAAAAAGAGCACUGGAAUUACUUUGGGUCUGAUGAGAAUCUUGGCCCAGUGGCUGUGAGUAUCCGGAGAGAAAAACUGGAAGAUGCAAAGGAAAGCGGACCCCAGUAUAACUAUCGGAUGAUCUUUCGAACCAGUGAGCUCAUGACGUUACGCGGAUCAGUGCUUGAAGAUGCGAUUCCGUCAACUGCUAAACACGGCACAGCACGAGGACUGCCGCUUAAGGAGGUGCUUGAACAUGUUAUUCCCGAGGUGAAUGUACAAGGUCUACGACUAGCCUUCAACACUCCCAAAGUUACAGAGCAACUCAUGAAACUUGAUGAACAAGGGCUAAGUUACCAACUAAAGGUUGGCAUCAUGUAUUGCAAAGCGGGUCAGAGCACAGAGGAAGAAAUGUACAAUAAUGAGUCGGCCGGGCCAGCCUUCGAAGAAUUUCUUCAGCUCCUGGGAGAAAGAGUACGACUUAAAGGAUUUGAGAAGUACAGAGCUCAGCUGGAUACUAAAACUGAUUCAACUGGUACCCACUCCCUGUAUACAACUUACAAGGAUUAUGAGAUAAUGUUUCACGUCUCUACCAUGUUGCCAUACACGCCAAACAACAAACAGCAGCUGCUGAGGAAGCGGCACAUCGGAAACGAUAUUGUGACAAUAGUGUUCCAGGAGCCCGGAGCCCAGCCGUUCAGUCCCAAGAACAUCCGCUCUCAUUUCCAGCACGUCUUCGUGGUCGUACGGGCGCACAAUCCUUGCACGGACUCGGUCUGUUACAGUGUUGCUGUCACACGAUCCAGAGAUGUUCCUGGUUUUGGUCCACCAAUCCCAAAAAGUUUCACCUUCCCUAAAUCCACAGUGUUCAGGGACUUCCUCUUAGCCAAAGUUAUCAAUGCAGAGAAUGCUGCUCACAAGUCCGAGAAAUUUCUAGCUAUGGCUACUAGAACCCACCAAGAGUACCUAAAAGACUUGGCAGAAAAAAAUGUCACUAACACAUCCAUCGAUUCAUCUGGAAAGUUUCCAUUCAUUUCAUUGGCUUCAAAGAAGAAAGAAAAAGCCAAGCCAUAUCCAUAUGCUGAACUGUACAGCACGGGGGCCAUCAUCUGGAGUGUCCAAGUUGAAGACUUCAGCAAUGCUUUGGAGAUCGAAUGUCUCCUGUGCAUCUCCAAUGAAAUCCUGGCUCUCAUAGACCAGGAAACGAAAAGUGUGAUAUUUAACUGCUCGAGCCGAGAUGUUAUAGGAUGGACAUCUAACAACACGGCUGUGAAGGUUUUCUAUGAGCGCGGAGAGUGUGUGUUUAUCAGAAGCUACAGCAACAAUAGCGAUGACGUAAAGGAAAUAGUCAAGCGGCUGGAAAUUGUCACCAAAGGAUGCGAGUCUGUGGAAAUGACAUUGAGAAGAAAUGGUUUGGGGCAGCUCGGCUUUCAUGUCAAUUAUGAAGGAAUAGUUGCUGAAGUAGAACCUUAUGGCUACGCUUGGCAGGCCGGCCUAAGACAGGGAAGCCGUCUGGUUGAGAUAUGUAAAGUUGCCGUAGCCACCUUAAGCCAUGAGCAGAUGAUCGACCUUCUGAGGACAUCAGUAACGGUGAAAGUGGUCAUCAUCCCCCCUCACGAUGACGGCAUUCCACGCAGCUUCCAGAGGGGGAAUUUAUUGGGGGAUAUUUACAGUUUCCAGAGGGAAAAGGAGCCUAACUGGAGAGGUUGCUCGGAAACCUACCGCAUGCCAACCGUAGAGUAUAAGAUGAAUGAGGGCAUCCCGUAUGAGCUGAAGUUUCCAUUCAGAAACAACAACAAAUGGCAAAGAAAUGCGGCCAAAGGAGAGGCCGCACAACUGAGACAGAUUCCUUCUCAGCUUCAGAGUCCAGUCUCAUCAAGAGUAUCUUCUGUUAAAGGAGAUGGGAAGAUGCAGACACCAGAACGUUCCGCAAACAUUCCUCGGAGUAUUUCCAGCGAUGGCCGUCCAUUGGAGAACAAGAGGCUGUCUCCGGCAUCAGAGAUUUAUGUCUCUGUUUCAUCUGUCGCUAUUGGACGAUCCCAGCAGUGUCGUAAUUCUCCUAGCAAUCUUUCUACCUCCAGUGAUACCGGCUCAAGUGGAGGCUCCAGUCACAGGCAGAAAUCUAUGCCCGAAGGGUUUGGGGUUGGACGAAGAUCACCGGCCUCUAUUGACAGACAGAAUACACAGGGGGACCUGGUGGCCAGUGGAAAGUCUACACCCAACUGGCAGAGGAGUGAUGACAAUGCGAAUGAUCAAAUAGAGCCAACAUGCCACAUGCCGGCUGUGUCUAAGGUACAUCCAUCAUACAGAGACAGCCCUACAGGAAGACUUAUACGCCAGGAUCCUGUACUUCAUCUAUCCCCUCACAAACAAGGACAGACUGACAGCCAUUACUCCAGCCAUUCAAGCACCAAUACACUUUCCAGCAAUGCCUCCAGCGCUCACAGUGAAGAGAAGUGGUAUGACAGCGGGGAACGGCUGGAGUCAGACCUGAACAGCUAUACUUAUAUUCAAGGAACAUCCGCUGACAGCGGGAUAGACACUUCUUCAUAUGCCACUAACCAUGUCAACUCAGCCACUCCCGGGGCAUCCUCCACAUCUCCGCGCUCCGGGCCUCCUAAAGAGAAAGUGGCCCCUCUGUGGCACAGUGUCAGUGAUGUGGGGUUAAUAUCUGAUAGGACUUGUGAUAGAGACUCUCACGCAUUGGAUGGGAAGAGGGAAUCUCCUGUCACUAUGGAGAAUCACACUAAAGUCCCCAUGGGCUCCAAACCAUUAACAAGAGAAAACAGCGCCUACAGCCUCAGCGAUGCAGCUUCACAUACCAGCACCAUGAGCUCUCGGCACUCAGCAAGUCCUGUUGUUUUCACUAGUGCCAGAAGUUCACCCAAAGAAGAGUCUCAUUCUGCCACUUCCCCACAGCUCGCACCUUCUUUCUCCUCUUCCUCCUCCUCCCCUUCCGGUCCCAGGACUUUCUACCCUCGCCAGGGUGCUACCAGCAAGUACCUGAUUGGAUGGAAAAAACCUGAAGGGACUAUAAACUCUGUGGGCUUUAUGGAUUCCAGAAAAAGACACCAGAUUGAUUGUGUGGAGAUGCCACCCACAAGGCUACGUGCAUCAAUAAGGGAUCUGCAGGCUUCUCCAAAGAGAGUGUCCACAGUCCAAGACGAGCUUAAGAAGCUUAUUGAGAUGGAAGGGCCACCUGCUGGAUCAGAGAAGCCUUUAAAGACAUCAUUUUCUACAACAUCAUCAAGCAAGAGAUCCUUGCACAGGACACUUUCUGAUGAGAGUAUCUAUAGCAGUCAGCGGGAGAUGGUGUUCAUCAACGCUCGAGCGUCUCUUCUGGACCAAGCUCUGCCCAAUGAUGUCCUCUUCAGUAGCACAUACCCCUCACUGAAUAAGUCAUUGCAAAUGCGCAGACCAUCAUACACUAUGGGUAUGAAGUCCAUACAUGGUGAGUUUUCUGCCUCGGACACCUCCCUCACAGACAUCCAUGAUCAGAGAAGACAGGCCAUGCCUGACCCAGGACUUAUGCCCCUUCCAGAUGCUGCUUCUGAUCUAGAGUGGUCAAAUCUAGUAGAUGCUGCCAAGGCCUUUGAGGAUCAGAGAGCUUCUUUUUUUUCCUCUCCAGAGGAUGAACAUAGACCUGGGAGCUCCGCUUCAAUGGGUGAACAGUUAGAGGGCCCGGCUACCUCUCAGGCGAGCACUUACUUUGGGAAAGAGUCUCCCACUGUACUUGCUGCAAAGGUGGAACAGUUGGAAAGUAUGCUGAAAAUGCUGCAGUACGACCUGAAAAAGGAAAAGGAAGAUAAAGCAAAUCUUCAAGCCGAAGUGCAACUUCUACGAGAAGACAACCUUCGCUUGCAGGAGGAGUCCCAGAAUGCAUCUGCAAAACUGAAGAAGUUCACAGAAUGGGUGUUUAACACUAUAGACAUGAGUUAAUGGACAAUACAGACUGUACAGAGCAGAAGACUUCUUGUGUCCAGUCAAGUGUGUACCGUAGACCUUAGCUUUAACCGCACCUGGAUCCAAGUGUACAUACAAAGGAGCCGCAGUGUUUCACAUCUCCCUAGUUUUUAACCUUCCCUGCAUGUAUUGAGCAAAGUGUCACUUAUACACACUGCCUAUGUUCUGAGGAUUACACACACAAAGAAACCUGUAGACUGAAAUGUGAAUAUUUCAGAAGCAAAUCUUGUACAGUUUUGAAUGCAAAAACAAAAAAUGCCAAAUCCACUUUUGGGCAAUAAAUAACUCCUGAGCAAAAAAAAUAAAAAAUAAAAAUAUUGCCAUAAAAUGACUUAAAAUAAUGUUCUCAUGCUAAUAAUCUGCAUAAGAAAUCAAAUGAAGCCAUCUAAUAAGAGGUAAGAUACAGCUUCAGCCACACGCUGUGUAUGUUAUCCAGAGAGCUAUGAAAGGUUGGUUGGGUUUUUAUGGUAGUAUGGUGUUCACCACAGUUUGUUUAAUUUUUUUUUUUUUUUUUUUUUAUUACCCCACUAGUGUAGAUAGUUACUUGUACCUCAACUUUUUGUUUGUGAAAUAGCAAUAAUCCCCCCCAAUUCACUAAUAAAUUCUAGGUACAGGAAGAUUAUGCAGAACUUUUUUUAUUAUUAUUUGCUGCUGUUUCGACUGGAAAAGACUCUUCUGUCAUGCAUCAGUGAUCUCUUCUUUUUUUCGUGUAUUUCACGCCUCUUAACUGGCAGCCUUUAUGAAUCAUCCACUGCAAUGUACAGGACCAUAGAUUGUAUCUGUCCCUGGAGGACCUUUCCAUAACUGAACCCCCUGGCUUCAUAUUCAGAAAUUUCACAGUUAACCUUAAACUAAAAA